AUGGCGAGUCUGUGCAAAAGGCAGCAAUGCACGAUCGAGAGGCGCGGCUUUCGGCAGGAACUUGACUCGUGGCGGCAUAAACUAAUUCACUGUGUAGGGUUUGAAAGCAUUUUGGAAGGGCUGUUUGGGCCAGGACUUGUAAAAGAUCUUACCCUAUUUCAAGAUUGCGAGCCUGAAAGUGUGUCUGAUUGGUCGUUUGAUGAAAAUUGUCUUUUCUGCUGCUUAAGAAGAGAGAAAGUGAAGGAACACUUGGUUGGCUUAAACAACCAGGUCUUAGCUGGGGAAGACGGCUGCAAACAGGAACAGUCCAAGAUUAACCGACUGGAGAAACAGGCAGAAGAGUUCCUCAAUGCUGUCUUCUACAGAAAAGAUAUCCCUGGCUUCUCAGACCCCCAUAUUCCUCUAGUGGCUCGCGAGAUAAUGCAGCGAAUGAUCCGGCAGUUCGCUGCGGAAUAUACCUCAAAAACCAGCUCAUCUCAGGACUCCCUCCAGCCCAACGGGACCACCAAGGACCAAAGCCUGCCGAAAGCGCCCUCGAUCGCCCUCGCCCUCGCCCCCGCCCCCGGCAACGCCCCCCAAGCCACCGCCGUCACCACCGGCGUCACUGCUGCUGCUGCCUCCGCCCAGAACCCCGUCCUCAGCAAGCUUCUCAUGGCCGACCAGGACUCUCCUCUGGACCUCACCGUCAAGAAGGCCGACAUCGAACCCAGCGACCAAGACGGUGUCCUCGAUCUUUCCACCAAGAAGAAUCACAAUGUGGGCAGUGUCUCCCUAAAGAACUCUCAUGGUUACUCGGUGGCGCCAAGGGUCAAAGGGCGUCCCGUGAGAGCUGACCACAUCUUUCGGGAUGGAGACGGAGAGGACGGUCUGCCCCCGAGAAGCUUGCAGGACGGGACCAGGGAGAAUUUCGCCAACUCCGCCUCUCUCAAGCCCCCGCUGGCUCGCUCGCUGCUGAUCAAGGAAGAACUUCUGGCCCAGAAACAGCGUCUGCUGCGCCAGCCCGGCCCCCUCACCAGCCUGGACUCCACCGGGCUCCUCAACCACGGCCAGCGGCCCCUGCUGUCUCGGGACGGCUCCUGGAGCAAGUCUCACUUCGACAGCCUCCUGAAGCUGAAAGCUAGCAGCGCCCUCAACGACCUGAAGGACCUGCCCUUCUACCUGGAGAACUCGGGCGUGUUCUCCAAGGGGCCCGGCCUGACCAAGUUGCAGGAAGCCAAGAAAGACCACGGCCACUCGCCCCCGGUCGACCUCAAGAUCCCGCAGGUGAGGGGCAUGGACUUGUCUUGGGACUCCCACACUUCCGACCUCUACGGCUAUGGGUCGCUGGUGGUGGGACCCCAUGCCGAAAACGCCCUGAGCAAGAAGCUGCGGGCCAUCCUGCCCAAGCAGAACCGGCGGGGCGGGCUGGGGGGCAUCCUCGACAGCUCGGCGGAUUUCUGGGGGUCGGACGUGGAGCAGUCGACCUCCGGGCAGCAGUACCCGACCUCCGACCCGGAAGGGGAUCCCAGCUCGAAACAGCCGAGGAAGAAGAGGGGCAGAUACCGGCAGUACAACAGCGAGAUUCUGGAGGAGGCCAUCUCCGUGGUGAUGAAUGGGAAGAUGAGCGUCUCCAAGGCGCAGAACAUGUAUGGGAUUCCCCACAGCACGCUGGAGUACAAGGUGAAGGAACGUCUGGGAACGCUGAAAAACCCUCCAAAGAAGAAGCUGAAGCUGAUGAGGAUGGAAGGGCAGGAGAUGGUGGCCGACUCAGAACCCACGCCCAGGGAGGAGGGGUCCCAGGGGGGCAGCGAUUCGAAAGAUGAGUAA